GCAAUGAGGUAAUCGGGGUAAACAGUAAAAAUGGCGACGUCGGUAGCCGGAGAGGGGCAACCAAGUCUAAAUGGAAUUAUUUCCAACCCCCAAACUAAAAAUCUAACAGACCUGCCAACCGAGUUGCUCGAACACAUCUUGUGCUUCCCUGUCCUCAAACAUGUCGACAUUUGUAACGUUUCCUGCUGCUGCAAGCGGCUACACGACGUGUGCCAUGGAAGGGGAAAGGUCUGGGGACACCAGUACAAACUCAGAUGGCCAAGACUGCAGAGGUUUUACCGCCAGAACGAGUGCUGUGACUGGCUCAGAGAAUACAAAACACGCCAUAGAGUUGGUAUACAAAUACAAAGGACUGUGGAGUCAAUCUCAAAGAGAUUUUUCACUGAAGUUCCUUGCGUUGGCCAGGUGCUUGGAGACAGCUUUGCAGAGAUUGAGUCACUCGGAAUGCCGGAGCACUUCUGUGAAGACGAGCUCCUCUUCAUCCUGAACUCAGACAAGAGGAAAAGCCUGACGCUGAAGUACUAUGCAAAGAAAAUCCUAUACUUCCUGAGACAGCAGAACAUCCUGAAGAGUCUGAAGAGCUUCCUGGAGCAGCCUGUGGAGCAGCAAUCUGCUUUAGGGGGUGCUGUUCUGGUGGAUCAGUAUUGUAACCCUCUGACUGAUGUAACAGUGAGCAGCAUAUCGGCCCAGCUGGAUGAGAUUGCAGACAAAGUGAAGAAGAUGCUGAGACUCAAGAACCCCUCUCACCCCAGCCUACGCAUCGCUCAAGGUGACUGUUUAGUAGUGGAGGACUUUGAGCUCCAGAGGCAGGUGGUGUGUGCGCUGAACUCUGUCUUGUAUGAGCAGCUUCAGUUCAAAGGCAACGAGUUUGACUACUACAACCCCCUCAAUUCUUACAUCCACCAGGUGCUACAACGCCGCACAGGCAUUCCCAUCAGCCUCUCUGUUCUCUACAUGACAUUAGCCACGAAGCUGGGUGUUCAGCUGGAACCUGUCAACUUCCCCAAUCAUUUUCUGCUGCGUUGGUGCCAAAAGCCAAGAGGGAGUGAGGACAUCUAUGACUUUGUCUACAUCGAUGCCUUUGGUAAAGGCAAACAGUUGACAGCCAAGGAGUGUGAGUAUCUCAUUGGCCACCAGGUGACAGCAGACUACUACAGUGCCAUCAGCACCACCGAGGUGCUGCUAAGGAUGGUGGGAAACCUGCUGAACAUCGGCAAAAGAGGGGAGGGGAACGAGAAAUCCUACCAGCUGCUGAGAGACUCUCUGGAUCUCUACCUCACUAUCAAUCCAGAUAAUGUGCAGUACCUGCUGUUGCAGGCUCGCCUCUACUUCCACCUGGGCAUCUGGCCAGAAAAGGUGUUGGACAUCCUGCAGCACAUCCAGGCGUUGGAUCCGUCCCAGCAUGGGGCCGUGGGUUACCUGGUGCAGCACACGCUGGAGCACAUUCAGCACAAGAAACAUCCCGUCACACCUGAGGUGAAGAAGCGGAGUGUUCCAGACCACCUGGAGGUCCAGUAUUCAGUGGGCCUCAUCAUGAAACACAAGAGGUCAGGUUACAACUGUGUGAUCUACGGCUGGGACCCAAAGUGCACCAUGAGCCAGGAGUGGAUCACCACCAUGAGGGUCCACCAGCUGUCCAAUGGGGCCAACCAGCCUUUCUACAACGUCCUCGUCCAGGACGGAACGUGUCGCUAUGCAGCACAGGAGAACCUGGAGCCCCACUCAGCCCCGCUGGAGAUCGGCCACCCGGAGGUGGGACGUUACUUCUCAGAGUUCGCCGACACCCACUACGCUGCCAACGAAGAGCUGCAGACACGAUACCCCGAGGACAUGGUUGAGACUUUGGGCACGGUGCAGGAGCUUUACCACAGACUCACACCUGGCUGUGUGGACCAGGACCAGGCUUCGGCCACAGACCAAAACGACCACCAAGCCAUGCCCAUGUAGCAAAGCAGUUGUGUCCCAACACCCAGACUAACAAAUCACUGCUCAUCCAUUCUUAAUUCACUAUCCGACUUGGCUAAGUGGCUGAGAGAGGUUUUUGAGCAAAUUACCCAGGAAGCAGUAUUUUCAGCAAAUGAAGGAAGUAUUCACAAAUCACCUAAGCCGUGCUCCUGCGCAGGAGUGGAAGGAUUUCAUUUAAUAUUUCCAUGCUUGGAAAAGUCCAGAAACAUGCAGUAAAUUUGACUACUGCAUCAAUAUAAAUACCACAUUGUAUUUGUUGUGAAAACAAAGCAGAAACUACGGAAUGGCAUAGCUAGUUGACAGUAUUUUAACAACGAUGCAGGACCUUCACAUCCCUUCACAAAGCUGAGUUUGGAAAGUGAAAAAUAAUUUUGAAAAUAACUUGAGAAUUCACAAAUUAAAGAGUCAAGUCGAAGAGUGAGUUCAGAAUGGGUGUUCAGGUGCUGUAAAUCUAUCUCCCUUUACCUGAAACUAACAAUACCCUGCACACAGCACUAGACAAACAAGCCCUCAGCAUAUAGUCCAAAACCCUCAAAUACAGUAACAGUGCCACAUAAAAGACUAUGAUGAAAAAUCUUUGUAUAUUUGCUUUUAUUCCUCCCAUCUUUUAAAGUUCCAUGCACUUAUAAAGUCCAGCGUUCACAGUUGUAGAUAAUCUUGUUUUUUUUGUUUUUUUUCUGUAUAUUUACAAGUGAAACAUGUAGGAUGUCAAAGCUCUUCAAGGAAAAUACUGAAGAACACUGCUGACUUGAAACGGAAAUGACCCUAACUUACAAAAAAAAAAAUAAAGCGUUUCAAGUUUU